AUGUUUGUGCUUGAGAACAGUGUGAAGAUCACUUCGCUCACAGUUCUCUCGUGUAUUUCUAUCGAAAGAUACAUUACAAUACGGAAACCGUUCUGCAGCGAGGUACCCUUUCCCCGACCGCCCCUUUCCCCAUUUCGAACUCUUCCAGGUCCGUCGUCAGUUCGUGAAUGCGACUCCGCUCGGGGCCGCCACCUUCGUCGCCCUCGUCGUCGGAGCCAUAAUCGUGCAGAUCAACUCGGUCACCGUCUCGACGGACGGUCUCAAUUGCGUCCGUUCGUACCGGGGAAAAGCGAUCCCGCGGGUCGCUUCCUACUUGACCGCAGUCGCAUUCCUCGUCGAUCUCACCAUCAUUUCAUUGAAUUACUCUCAAAUUGUGAGACAUGUCAGGAGGAAAUUCACGAAGAGACGAGCAAGAGGUUCGUGAGAUCGUUUCCAACCACCUUUCUUCACAAAAGUGUUACUUUAAGUGCAAGCCAACUCGCGGGUCCGUGAGUCUCUGGUCAACGAGCCCCGCUACAUGCGGGAAAUGACGGCGGCGAUCGUGCGAGUCGGAGUGUUCCACGUCGUCUGCUGGCUGCCGAUGUCUCUGAUGCAGGUCAGUUCGAAGCACUUCUGAUAUGAUUUCAAAGAGCGAAAAAAGACAGAAAAAGAAUGCUACAUCGACUAAAAGUACAUUUCAAAAUGAAAAAGAAGCUCCAAAAUGCCAGACAGACAUCAAAUAUAUUUGUGAUCGGAUUUCGGUUUGAAUUUGAUUUUUUCAGUUUAUUCCCGACAAUUCGAUCCAAUCGGAACUGACCGCCGGCAUCCGACUCUUCAGCAACUUCCGGGACUUUAGGUACAUCCAGCCGUUCCUUUCCGUGCAUCCAACCCCCUUUUUCAUUUCAGUAUCACUCGAUGGCUCAUCUUCAUUGCCACGUUGCUCACGUCCAUAAACGCCGCCGGCGACUGGAUAUUCUACGCAGUUAUGAACCGAGAUCUCCGAAAUCUCAUCAGGUUCGUCUUCUUCUCUCUCUCUCUCUCUCUCUUUCUCUUCCGGUGACUUCACAAUGCAUAUUCCGAUAAUCCUUCGCCUCCUUGUUUGUUUACUAAAUCAUAUGAACACCCUCUAAUCCUUUGAUUUGAUUCAUUCAAAACGGAGGUUAAUCUCAUUAGGCAAAAGUCACCGGGAAAUGAUCGUCUCGUGAGCGCACUCUUUCUGACGAGGAGAUAUCGGAUCAUCAGGUGGCAGAACAACGGCUUCUUCCCCCUGAACUCUGAUUAUUGCCUCGGAAGCAGACAGACCCCGAUCAAAGAUUCUGUUUUCCAGAUUUGCCACUGAGCGACGGAAACGAUCGACCAUGUCGCACGCAGCCUCUCCGUCGACGAACCGGAGUCUCCGGCAGCAAGUGCCUCCCUCGAUGAAGGUUCUUCACUCCAUCUCGUACCGAAGUUCAGUCGGAGGAUCGAUGGACGACGCCGCUGGAGCAUCAUUCCUGCAGAGCUCCCCGAAAGAGUCGACAGUAUCUCAGGAGCCGAACAGUCCGUACGGAGUCCGCGCGAAGAUCAGUAUACUUACACGGAAGGGAUCCGACGGUGAUAUGGUCUGA